CACUCUUAUCGACUUUGUCUCCGUUCGGCACUGCUGAAGGCAUGAUCAAAUGAUAAGAAUCAUUUCAAAAUUGGCUACUGUGGGGCGGUUGUAGGAUCGCUUCGACGUGGAAGGGAGAGCAACAGCAGAGAAAGGCUGGAGGUGUAAAAGACUCAUGUGGAAGUUCGAGAGAUGGCGCAUUGGGUGCAGCAGGGAGAGAUGACGGAGUACAGGAAGAAUAUGAUCAAACGGGAAAUGGAGAUGGGUAUGGUCAUGACAGUCUUCCGGCAAAAGGCGGAGAGGCUCACUGUUCAAGUCAUCAUGGAAACACGUCAGGUUGCUUGGACACGCACUGCUGAAAAGACUGAUGGUGUCUUGGAUCUGUUUGAGAUCCGCGAGGUCCGUCCAGGGAGAAAUUCAAAAGACUUUGAGCGGUUCAAAGAUGGCAGAGAUAAGCAUGACGACAAUACCUGCUUUACAAUCUUCUACGGCUCACAGUUUGUUCUCAACACCUUGAGCCUGGGAGCUGACUCUAUGGAGGAUGCAUCUAAAUGGCUGAUUGGACUUGAACUGUUAGUCCAAGAAACACUGAUUGCUCCAACUCCAGUUCUUAUUGAGAGCUGGCUCAGAAAGAAGAUGUAUUCUGUCAACCAGACAAAAACAAACAGCAUAACCAUUAAGGAGCUGAAGACUCUUCUUCCUUUUCUCAACUACAAGCCCCCCAGUGCUCGGUCCCUGAAAGACAAAUUCCUGGAGGUAGGAGCAAAAAAUGAUCGGCUGGACUUUGAGCAGUUUCAUAAAUUGUACAACCUUAUAAUGUUUGAACAGAAUGAGAUUCUGGAAGAGUUCAAGAAGGAUUGCUCAUUUAUUUUGGGUAAUACAGAUAAACCUGAUGCUUCUGUGGUUUUGCUCCAUGACUUCCAACGAUUUCUUAUCUACCAGCAGAAGGAGUCAUGGGCUAGUGACCUCAAUAAGGUUAGAGAGUUGAUGACCACUUUCAUUGAUGACACCAUGAGAAAAACCAACGACCCUGAGUUCACUGUCAGUGAGUUCCUUAGCUUCCUGUUCUCCAAAGAGAAUAGUCUGUGGGAUGAGAAAUUGUCAGAGAUCAACAACCAAGACAUGAAGAACCCUUUGUCCCACUACUGGAUCAAUUCAUCACACAACACAUACCUGACAGGUGAUCAGCUUCGUAGCGAGUCAUCUACUGAGGCUUAUGUACGGUGUCUGCGCCUGGGAUGCCGCUGUGUUGAAUUGGAUUGCUGGGAAGGACCAGGAGAACCAAUUAUCUACCAUGGUUGGACCAGGACGACCAAAAUAAAGUUUGAAGAUGUGGUUAAAGCCAUCAAUGAGCACGCUUUUGUAACUUCAGAGUUCCCGGUUAUCCUGUCUAUAGAAGAGCAUUGCCCAGUUGAGCAGCAACGUCAUAUGGCCCGCGUCUUUCGAGAAGUGUUUGGUGAAAAACUACUUCUUGAGCCAGUGGAGCACAUGGCCGAGCAGCUACCAUCACCCACGCACCUGAAGGGCAAAAUUAUUCUUAAACACAAGAAGCUCAGUGUUGAUAGCGUAGAAACCAGCAAAGACUUCAAUACGUGGCAGAAACAGGGAGACUUAGAGAUGUGGGACCCUGUCAACCAGCGCUGGAACAAACACUACUGUGUGAUUUCUGAUGACAUGCUGUACUACGCAGAGGAGUACGAGGAGGAAAAAGAAGAUCUCAGGAAGUACCAGGAUUUGCAUUUCUCUGAAACAUGGUUUCACGGUGGCAUAAAAGAGGGACGACUGAUGGCGGAGCAACUGAUUCAUGAUUACUGUACUGAGACGAGAGGAAGAGAUGGCACUUUCUUGGUCCGACAGAGUGAUCGUGUUCCCACGGAUAUCACCCUUUCUUUCUGGCGCAAUGGGAGAGUCCAGCAUUGUCGCAUUCGUUCUUGUACAGAGGGACAAGGCACAUACUACUACCUGACUGCAAACCUCCAGUUUCCCAGUGUGUAUGCACUUAUACAGCACUAUAGGGAGAACCCACUGCGUUGUCAAGACUUUGAAUUGCGUCUCACCGAUGCUGUACCUCAUCCCAACCCACAUCUCCAACAACGGUGGUUCUACCCAAACCUGAGCAGAGGUGAAGCUGAAGAAUAUUUGCUCAAAAUCCCUAGAGAUGGAGCAUUCCUCAUCCGACAGAGGGAGGGAGAACCUGAAUCCUUUGCUAUCACGUUCAGAGGCGACGGUAAGGUGAAACACUGUCGGAUUCAGAAGGAAGGCAAUGUUUAUCUGCUCGGUACAACAACCGAAUUUGAAAGCCUCGUGGAGAUGGUAAACUACUUUAAGAAGAAACCACUAUAUCGCAAGACCAAGCUACGCUACCCAGUCACUCCUGACCUUGUGGCUCGCUUCAGCACAGAUAAAGAUGCUGCCUCACUCUAUCAAAUGAAAACGUAUGUUGAACCCAACGAGAUUGAAUCAUCACUGCCAAAGAGUACUGUUAGGGCUGUUUACCGCUACCAAGCUGAGAGACCCGAUGAACUCACCUUCAGUAAAGGGGCUCUGAUACAUAAUGUAUCAAAAGACAAUGAUGGAUGGUGGAAAGGGGACCAUGGUGGAAAUGUACAGCUCUUUUUCCCAUCCAAUUAUGUUGAGGAGGUGUCUUACAACCCAAAACUUGAUUUUGGACAACAGGACAUAGAAGACAAUCCUUUGGGUGAACUAUGUAAAGGCGUGGUGGAUAUCUCUAAGUGCAACAUCUUGAAAAAUUGUAAAAAUGGAAAGCUUAAUGUUCUGACACUGCAGAACAUGGAGGACGACAAUCUGUAUUUUGACUUGGCUGCAGAGUCUUUGGAGGAGUAUUAUGAAUGGUAUAUGGUGUUGUGGAACAUCACUCAAAGAGAGAUGAGCAAGCAAUUCAAUAUUCAGCAAGGGAUGAAGGCGCAAGAGGAAGUGGAGAAGAAAGCAGAGGUUGCUAUGGAGAUGUCAGACCUUGUGGUAUACUGUCAGCCACGCAGCAAGGACAAGGACCGUUUUGACUACUACAACUGCAAAGAAGUUCGUUCUUUUGUAGAGAAUAAGACACCAGGAAAGAGCCUUUCCUUGAGUUUCCUGCAGUACAAUCACAAGGCUCUUAGUCGGAUUUACCCUAAAGGCCAGCGUGUGGAGUCCUCCAACUAUGACCCCUACCCUCUUUGGGCAAAUGGCUGUCACAUGGUGGCUCUUAACUUUCAGACAGCAGAUAAAUACACCCAGCUGAAUCAUGCCCUGUUCAGUAUGAAUGGACGUACUGGCUACGUUUUGCAACCAGAACUUAUGCGCUCUGAUUGCUAUGACCCUCACCAGCAGAAGAAAGACGUCAAGUACAACAUUGUGAUUAGGGUCAUUGCUGCCAGACACCUACCGAAGCUUGGCCGCUCGAUUUCUAGUCCUUUUGUGGAGAUUGAACUAUGUGGUCACACCGAAGCAAAGUCCAAGACGACGGUCUAUCGGGAUAAUGGUCUGAAUCCAGUGUGGAAAGCGACGACACGGCCCGUGUGCUUUAAAGUGUACGAACCUGAACUCACUUUCCUGCGCUUUGUGGUCAAUGAAGAAGACAUGUUUUCAGAUCCCAACUUCCUUGCUCAAGCUACCUUUCCAGUUAAAGGUAUCUGUUCAGGUUACCGCUCUGUGCCUUUGAAGAACGGCUACAAUGAAAACUUAGAAUUAGCCUCUCUGUUGGUUGAUAUAAAAGUACUACAGCCGGAGAACACAGAAGAAGAGCUUUAUUCUUCCUCCAGUCAACUGAAGAAGAAUAAAGUCGAGCACAGCAGUGAAGGACUCCUGUACACCUCCACAUUAAAUCAGUCUGUUAAAGAACCCACAAACACAAGUGAAUACAGCACAAAACAAAAGAAGGUAAAAAACAGUGCAUCCUAUUCCUGAGGAGUGGAUGAACCUCACCUCCUCCUUCUACGUUACUUCCGGAAAAACACUGACAAUAAAAAGAAUUGUGAUGUCUGAGUUCCAAGAAAUCUCAAUGGAAACACUUUUUUAAAAUGCCUCCUGUCUUUACUUUCAAAAGCCUCAGGCAAACUGUCAGUUUUUUUUUUUUUUUUUUUUUUUUAAAUGCAAUUUCUUGCAAGAACUCUUAAAGUGUACUUUUUCUUGUUACUUCUUGUUUCGUUUUUAUUUUAUCUUUAGAUUUUAGUUACUGAGAGAAGAUGGUCAAUCUGCAUUCACUCUGGCUUGUAUUGUGUGCAUUCUGACUGUAGCAUGUUGCAGACAAGACACUGGAGAUUUUUUUUUUUUAAUAAGGUGAAAUUGUAAUAUCUCAUUAAAUGUGUUUAUCAGCCAAUAUUCAGAGAGUUUCACUCAAAAUGAUCAAGCCACCAUUGUGAAUUAAUGUGGACCCUCAUGAUAUGAGCACAAACUGGUCCACGACCAGGCUGCUAACAUGAAUAUGUGCAUCAUUAAUAGAUAUUCUCCAUUAGAAAUAACUGUACAGUUAAUACAUGCAACACUUUCCAUGACCACACAUAUUACCCCCAAAUAACAAUUCAAGACAUCAUUUUAAGGCUAAAUAAACUGGAAAUGAAAUUAAGUUAAAAAAAAAAAAAGUUAUUUAUAUACAAGCACUUACCGUAGUUUUCGCACUAUAAGGCACACCUGACUAUUUAAGCCGCAACCCACCAAAUUUGACACGAAAACGAUAUUUGUCCAUUGAUAAGCCGCACUGGACUAUAAACCGGAGCUGUCUUCACUGUAUUAUGGGAUAUUUACACCAAAAGAUAUUAACCGGUAACACUUUAUUUGACAGCGGCAUCAUACAACUGUCAUAAGACCAAAUGAACCAUCAUGAAGCUUUGAACCAACUGGCUGCAAAGCUUCAUUGCUUACAGAAGCUUCAUUUGGCCAUCAUUGCUCCCUUGGGGGAGACAGUCAACCUCUGCUGCCACCUGUUGUCAACACUGUUGUUGUCCAACAUGCCUCCGAGCAUGCAUUGCAGCGCUACAGAUGGAAAUAACUAUCAAAAUUCAUGUUCUGUACGAAUUAUUUCUUCAGUUACUGUUCCAGUUGUUUCAUUAAUUGCUAGUUAUGGUAUUUGGUAACACCUUAUUUGACAGUGGCGCCAUAAGACUGUCAUUAGACAAUCAUAAUUAUGACAUGACACAGUCAUGAGCAUUAAUGAAUGCUUAUAACAUGUCAUUUAGUGUUAUCUGGCAAAUUAUCUCACUUUUGAAUGGGUGUAAAAGAUCCGAGCUGGACAUAAAUGGAGUUAGUGACAUAAUUUGACGGAUGACACUUAAUGACUGAAUGCCCAUGAUAAUGUCAUGACACAUUUAUGACGGUCUUAUGACGCCACUGUGAAAUAAAGUGUCACAAGAACCCAAAUAAAUCAACAAAUAAGCUGCACUGGACUAUAAGAUGGAGGAUUCAAAAUGAAGGAAAAAAGUAGCGGCUUAUAGUCCGAAAAUUACGGUACUAUGAGGGCUGAAGCUUAGCGACGUGACGAAAGUGCAAGCCAGGAGGAAAGGGAGCAGGCGGCGGCCGUACAUAUGUCGUAACAUUAAAGGAAACGAUAGCAUAACAUGAACCAAACAAAAUUUUAGGUGUCAGUAAAUUGGGGGCCAUUGUUAAUGUUCACUUGUAAGCACAAAUGAUUUGGAGGCACUUUGAUAAGAAAUUCUAUCACCGGAGACAACAAGGAUGAGGGGCAGAUGGUGGAUUCUGUUGAUGAGAGAUGCUUGUGUACUCUCUAGCAGGCCACAAUUGUUGAGUCCAAGCACAAGAGAGAGCUGGCAGGUCACCUUGUGGGAUGUCGAGGCACUUGGACAGGCCAACUGAAUUUUGCCCGUCGCUAAUAUAUUGAAAAGUUUCUUGCAUAACGCGACUCAUUUUCGCUCAACGAUUGACGUAUCGUGAAAAAGUCCUGUGGUGAGAUGCUCCUAUCAGGAGGGUCCACUGUGCAUUUCUUUACAAAUUAUAUUGAGAUGAAAAAGGUGUCUGCUUUAACUAAAACCACCCAAACAUUUAUAGGUUUUCAUAUUUUAAUGAGAAUAGUAUGCAAACUAAAAAAUAAGUAAAAAGUAAAAAAAAAAAAAAAAGUGAACUAUCACAUUUGAUAUUUUGUGUCUCCUCUCUUGGCAGCAAUAACUUCAACCAGACACUUCCUUUAUCUGCAGAUCAGUCUGGCACAUUGAUCAGGACUAAUCUUGGCCCAUUCUUCUCUACAAAACUGCUGUAGUUCAGUCAGAUUCCUGGGGUGUCUGGCAUGAGUCGCUGUCUUUAGGUCAUGGCACAGCAUCUCAAUGAGGUUCACGUCUGGAUUUUGACUUGACCACUCCGGAACGUGUAUAUUGUACUUAUGAAACCGUUCUGAAGUUCAUUUACUUCUGUGUUUUGGAUCAUUGUCUUGUAGCAGCAUCCAUCCUCUUCUUAGCUUCAACUGUCUGACAGAGGGUUUUCCUGCAAAACAUCUUGAUAAACUUUUGAAUUCAUUCUUCCAUUAAUGAUUGCAAGUUGUCAAGGCCCUGAGGUAGCGAAACAGCCCCAAAUCAUGAUGCUCCCUACACAAAAUUUCGCAGGGGGGAUGAGAUGUUGAUGUUGCUGAGCUGUUCUAUUUUUCCUCCACACAUGACGUUGUGUGUUACUCCCAAACAAUUCAACUUUGGUUUCAUCAGUCCACAAAAUAUUUUGCCAAAACCUCUGUGGAGUGUCCAAGUGCCUUUUUACGAACAUUAAACGAGCAACAUUUUUUUUUUUUUUUUUUUAAUAUUUAGACAGCAGUGGCUUCCUCCGUGGAGUCAACCCAUGAAAACCAUUCUUGGCAAUAGUUUUACAUAUAGUUGAUGGGUGCACAGAGAUACUGGAUUAUGCCAGUGAUUUCUUUAAAGGGAUCCAAGGAUAGAAAGACAUGUAAAUAAAUAAAUGUCAGCACAAGUUAUAAUAAUAUGAUAUGAAAACCCCUCUUAA